AUGACCCAAUGGAGUGUCGAAGACAUAAUCCAAGAGGUGAAGCACCUGGAGGUCAUUCUUGAGAUGAGAAAGGAAAGCAAAGUGAAGGAUGCUAUGGUCAAGUGUUUGGUAGCAAAGCUCCAGACCAUUGAUUCAGUGCCACCUUCAACAUAUGUCAAAGUUAUGGAAUGCUUCAGUUCCUGUUCAUUGCCAGAAGAAAUCAAAGAGCAGCUGGCAGAUGCCUUGGAGGAGAAGAGUGCAGACACAAUGGAAGGACAUCUUCGACUACAAACAUGUCCCCAGUCCAUGAUCAAUGUGUUCAACUACCUGUCAAAGACAGAAUGGGAGAAGAUUCAAGAGCUUACCUUUGCUGAAGCCUGUUCUGUGCUGGUAGCUCGGUUGAGGAAAGCUGGCCUCAAGAGCAUGAAAGAAAAGACAAAGAAGCAUGCCACCUCCUUCCUGGUCUACCUCCAGGAGAAACAGGCGCAUCACUUGCCCACUGCUGGUGAAUUCUACAAGCUUGCAGAGACUGUCAGGGACACCUUUAAGGCUUCUCUGCAGGCACCUGCAGUUGGGAGCUACAACAAGUACCCCUUGACACCCCAAGAGCUUGGAGAGGACUGCUCCAUAUGCUUCCAGGAGUUCAUGCGCAAGGUCUAUGGAGAUGACCUUCCUGCAAGGAUCCCACCAGAAGUUGCAGGUGCAGUGCUCUCUGUUGCUAGCAACAAAGGGGUCAGGAAUUCUCACAAGACAUUGGUCCCAACUAGCAGUGCAGCUAAGAUGUCCAAGGGUUCCUCAGAGGUCGACCAAGGGCUUUGCAAGGGAUUGCUGACCAUUGUGGAAGGCCUUGGGGGCAUGCUUUUGAAGGCCAAAGAGAUGGAUGCCUGCAACAUUCAGAUGCUGCAGGGCCAGAAGUUGUCAAAUGCUGCCAGUUCAGACAGCCUGUGCCAAACUGACUCCCAAGAGAUCAGCCCAAGCACAAAGGCAUUGCCAGCCCCUGUUGCAAAGCCAGCAUUGGCCCUGACCAAUGGUGAUGAGCCUGGUACUACACCAACUACACCAGAGGUUGUGGGUGAGAAUGGCAAGAAAGUCAAUGACAGGCAACAACAGAAAGACCUGGAAGACUAUGAGCAAGAGGCUUUUGCCUUGUUGGAAGCUAGGCAGAGGACAAGGAUGAAAAGACCUUGUGCAUCUUCAGAGAUGCUCUCUGAGCAGUCUGCUCCCAAGGCUAAAAGCCAGAAAGUCAAUGAGGAGAAAGCACCAAAGCAAGAGUCAUCCAAGAAGAACAAGAAUGUGAAGAAAAGGCAAGGAUUUGGUUGCCUACGAUGCAGGGGCAACAUGAAUGGCUGCAGCUCUUGCAGCAAAAGCACCUUUGUUGGGAAGAAGUUCUACAGUAGAGAGGAGUGGGUGCACUACCACCAAAAGCAGAAUGCAAAGAGGAAGUGA